AAAUGAGAGCGACUAUCUCUAUAUCUCUUUCCCCUUCUAUCUCUUUCCCCUUCUAUCUCUAUUCUUCUCCUUCUCAACAUCAUUUUCUCCCCAUAAAUAAAUUUAUAUAAUUUCAUCUCUACAAUCAGCAAAGCCCCGAAUGCAAUUACCAGGUAUCAAGUUAGAAUCUUAUUUUGAAGAUAAGAUAGGGGCGUUGAUUUGACAGACAUGUAUGUUUAUUGUUGAGAAUUUGAGAAAGAUGGUUGAUGAUCAGAAGGAGAAAUGCAUUGUGUUAUCUGAAACAUCUGAAAGUCAAAUGGAUUGCGAAAGUGGGAGCAGACUUUUCUCAAAAGAAGGGAAGAGUAAGAAAUUUUGGAGAGGAGUUAAGUAUCAGCUUGUUGAAUAUCACACAUUGCCUGCAUAUUUAAAGGAUAAUGAGUAUAUCUUGCGUUAUUAUCGAUCAGAAUGGCCGCUUAAGCAGGUGUUCCUGAGUAUCUUCUAUAUUCAUAAUGAAACUCUUAACAUUUGGACGCAUUUGAUCGGAUUUCUCCUGUUUCUAUCAUUAACUAUAUACACAGCAAUGAAGAUCCCCAAGGUAAUGGAUCUCCAGGUGGUACAACAGUUGUCUAACAUGCUCAGGAGUACUGAUCUCAGCAAGAUUAAUGGGGAACUCUUGAACCUACCUUCCUUGCCCAAUAUGGCUGACUUUCAUAGAUUCAAAAAUGACCUGAAGACAUCUUUGCCUUCAGUUGAUUUUCUUCCUUCACUCUCUGGUUGGAAUGGAUUAGAGCUUAUCGCGAAUUGUCUGCCAAAACAGUCAACUGAGUACCCUGCCAAGGAUUGUAUUCUGAAAAGCGUAGAAGGCAAUAUGGGCAACAGUGCACAUUCAUUGCCGAAUGAGCCGGUCACGAGGUGGCCAUUUUUUACCUUCUUGGGAGGGGCCAUGUUCUGCUUGCUAGCCAGCAGUACGUGCCACCUCCUCUCAUGUUACUCAGAGCGCCUUUCAUACAUAAUGCUCAGGCUCGAUUAUUCUGGCAUUGCAGCUCUCAUUGCGACUUCCUUUUACCCUCCUGUUUAUUAUUCCUUUAUGUGCCAUCCUUUCUUAUGCGACCUCUACUUGACCUUCAUUACAUUAUUGGGUUUAGCCAGCAUUGCUUUCUCUCUUCUCCCAGUAUUCCAGAAGCCUCAUUUUCGAACUCUUCGUGCUUCUCUCUUCUUUGGAAUGGGUGUAUCAGGUGCCGUGCCCAUUAUGCAUAAAUUGAUAUUAUACUGGGACAAGCCAGUGGCUCUUGAGACCACCGGAUAUGAGGUACUGAUGGGAGCAUUCUACGGAAUUGGAGCACUAAUCUAUGCCAAGAGAAUACCCGAGUGUUGGAAGCCUGGAAAGUAUGACAUAGCUGGACACAGUCAUCAGCUUUUUCAUGUGUUGGUCGUUGCAGGAGCUUACACACACUACCAUGCCGGUUUGAUCUACCUCAGGUGGCGGGACUUGGAAGGCUGUUCUAAAAAUUAGUGAAGCUGACAUCAGAUAGUGAUCUUGAAUGUUACAGCUUACAGGCUGCAAAGUUGUAUCUGUAUUCGGCAAAGCAUGUAUAACUGUAUAUACUCUUGACAAUGACCAGGCAAAGAGAUUUAUGGGUCAAUUCGAACUUUACUAUGUUGUAUGUUAACCUGUACUAUUUCUGUUAAUGCUCAAUUAUUCGGAUGGACCAA